UCCUACAUUCUCUUUCCCUGUGUCAGAGCAGGGAUAUAUUUUUUUCCCUUCCUCUAUUCCCUCCCCUCCACCCGCCCCUCCCUCCCUCGCUCCCCUCCCUCCCUCCCUCCCUCCCUUCCUUCUUGGCUGGGUUUGUGCGCUGGGGCGCCCGAACCCCUCCGCAGCCGGGACGCGCGGAACUCGCAGCAGGAGUCGGCUCUCCGGAGCCUCCUCCCUCCCUUCCCCUUCCCUGCCCCCUUCCCCCACCCCCGACUCGGACUCGGAGCGGCGGCCGGAGGAACCCCGAGCCCUGACCCAGGCCCUGGGCGGGAGGGAUGGAGAACUCCUCAGCCGCGUCCGCCUCCUCCGAGGCCGGGAGCAGCCGCUCCCAGGAGAUUGAGGAGCUGGAGCGCUUCAUCGACAGCUACGUGCUCGAGUACCAGGUGCAGGGGCUGCUGGCGGACAAGACGGAGGGUGACGGCGAGAGCGAGAAGACGCAGUCCCACAUCUCCCAGUGGACAGCGGACUGCAGUGAGCAGCUGGACGGCAACUGCUCCUUCUCACGAGGGCGUGCGCCCCCGCAGCAGAACGGCAGCAGAGAUAACUCUCUGGACAUGCUGGGGACAGACAUCUGGGCUGCCAACACCUUCGACUCCUUCAGUGGUGCCACCUGGGACCUGCAGCCCGAAAAGCUGGACUUCUCCCAGUUCCACCGGAAGCUCCGACACACCCCCAAGCAGCACCUGCCACACAUCGACCGUGAAGGGUGUGGAAAAGGAAAGCUGGAAGACGGGGAUGGGAUCAACCUGAAUGACAUCGAGAAGGUCCUCCCAGCCUGGCAGGGCUACCACCCGAUGCCCCACGAAGUGGAGAUUGCGCACACGAAGAAGUUGUUCCGGAGGAGAAGAAAUGACCGAAGACGGCAGCAGAGACCUCCAGGAGGGAACAAGCCCCAGCAACACGGUGACCACCAGCCGGGCAGUGCCAAACACAACAGGGACCACCAGAAAUCUUACCAGGGGGGCUCGGUGCCCCACCCCUCAGGGAGGCCCACCCAUCACGGCUAUAGCCAGAACCGGCGCUGGCACCACGGCAACACGAAGCACCCACCCGGCGACAAGGGGGAGGCAGGCGCCCACCGCAAUGCCAAAGAGACCGUGGCCAUGGAGAGCCCCAAACUUGAGGACGCCCUGGGGGACACCGGCCACACUGGCCUCGAGCUCCCUUGCAGCCCCGACGGCCCGGCCCCAGCGGCCUCUGAGCGGCUGCCUGCGCAGCAGCCGGGAGCCCCAGAGGCCGAGGCAAAGCGUAAAGACAGUAUUCUCCCCGAGCGCAUCGGGGAGCGGCCCAAAAUUACCCUGCUCCAGUCUUCCAAAGACAGGCUGCGGCGGAGGCUGAAAGAAAAGGUACCGGACGAAGUGGCGGUGGAGACCACCAGCCCCCAGCAGAACAAGAUGGACAAGCUGAUCGAGAUCCUGAACAGCAUGCGGAACAACAGCAGCGACGUGGAUGCCAAGCUCACCACCUUCAUGGAGGAGGCCCAGAACUCCACCAACUCCGAGGAGAUGCUGGGCGAGAUCGUCCGCACCAUCUACCAGAAGGCCGUGUCCGACCGCAGCUUCGCCUUCACGGCCGCCAAGCUCUGCGACAAGAUGGCGCUCUUCAUGGUGGAGGGGACCAAGUUCCGGAGCCUGCUCCUCAACAUGCUGCAGAAGGACUUCACGGUGCGGGAGGAGCUGCAGCAGCAGGACGUGGAGCGCUGGCUGGGCUUCAUCACCUUCCUGUGUGAGGUGUUCGGCACCAUGCGCAGCAGCACCGGCGAGCCCUUCCGCGUGCUCGUCUGCCCCAUCUACACCUGCCUCAGGGAGCUCUUGCAGUCUCAGGACGUGAAGGAAGACGCUGUCCUGUGCUGCUCCAUGGAGCUUCAGAGCACAGGCCGGCUGCUAGAGGAACAGCUGCCCGAGAUGAUGGCCGAGCUCCUGGCCAGUGCCCGAGACAAGAUGCUGUGCCCCUCGGAGUCGAUGCUGACCCGGUCACUGCUCCUGGAGGUCAUCGAGCUCCAUGCCAACAGCUGGAACCCUCUGACGCCCCCCAUCACGCAGUACUACAACAGAACCAUCCAGAAACUGACAGCCUGACAGCCAGGGGGCCUGGCGGGCGGCCCGCAGGCAGCUGGGGCCCUGGCGCACAGGGCCAGAUGGACGGGCGGGAGGACAGGGGUGGCCCUGGCGGGAGAAAGAAAUGGGGAGGAAGGAAGGCAGGCAGAGCCGGCCACCAGCCUGGAGCCGGGUGGGGAAGGGAUCAGAUCCCUAGCAGUGCCCCCCCACCCAAGCCCCCCAGCCCCAGCAUGCGGCAGCUUCACCAGCCAGGGAAGCAUGUUUCUUCUUCACGGUGGCCCGGCCCUCGCCCGGCCCCUCCCCACUCCCGCUCCUCCUGCCCUCUCCCAUCAAAUGAGACCCCCGCAGGGCUUUGUGCGAGGGGUUUCAUCUCGGUGACUCCUCCUCUGAGGCCAGGCAGCCCGGCACGCCAGGGCACCGCUUGGGUCAGAAAGGACCUCAGAAGGCUGACAAAGUGGGUCGGAGACGGGCUUGCAUUGUCCCUGCGCGCUGUCAGCCAGUCGCCAACUGGCAGCAGGCGACGUGUAGCAGAUGUCCGGGAGGACAAAGGCAGACGUGGCCCCCACCAGCCGCCCGUCAUUGACGGCCUUUGUCCGCACGGUUGAGCUGCGGGGACAGCGGCCUUCGCCCUCCUCCAACCUUCACGCUCCACCACCCCCAAACUUCCAAGUCCUCCUCCCGGACCCUCCAGCCUCAGGCCUGGGGGGGCAGGGACCAGGCAGGGGAGCUGGAGUUCCUAGUUCUACUUGCACCCUUUUGUUUUACUGUGUUUUCUUUUUCAAAAGCCAGCUGCUUUGAAGUCUCUUCUCUCAAUGAAAGGGCCACGAUGUGAUCACACAGACAGCAGAGGACCCCCUGAUUAGUGGGAGAUCAAACCCGCCCCUCUCUGGAAGGAUUCUAGCCACGGAAGGCUUGCCAGUAGCCAAUUAGGGUAAUUGGAAACUUCUGCCCCGGUGGGGGUCCCGCUGGAACCUGUGCCUCUGGCCCCCUGCACCUCCCCUCCCUCACGCUAGCUGCGCGCUCUCAAAGGGCUGAUACCAUCAUGCUGGGAGUGCAUGAAACCCAUCCUGGCCCCGGGCCUGGUGGUGAGCCAGGCACAGCACAGGCUAGCAAACUAAGACCCAAACGCUAGGGGAUGUUUCGUGCUCCACACACGGGUCUUGUCCCGAACUCGGAGUGGGGGAGCGUGGCGGUGUGGGGCCACCCAACUCCCCAGGACUUGGAGUUUAGCUCAACGGGAUGCAUCGCCGCCCUAGAGGACAAGGCAAGAGCCAGGGGCCCAGCCCUCCCGCAGCGGAGCACCACGUGCUCCAGGGGGCCGUGGGCACUGCAGCCCAGGGCUGUUGGGAAAGGGAGUGUUCCUUGAGUCGGGUGGCCAGGCAGGGAAGCCAGACAGAGCCUUCCAGACCGAGAACAAGCCUGGGGCUUCCUGGAGGAGUCAGGUCCUGGGAGAUGGCCCGUCUCCACUGGAGGAAGACGGGGGUCAGUGGUCACUGGUGUCUGCACAGCCCCAUCUCUGUCGUCUGGAGCUGACACUUUGAUGAGCCCCCAGAAAAUGACCUCGGCCCAGCAGCUUCCUUAUUUACUCCUUUUCUGAGGCCAGUCACUCUUGGGUCACUGGAGGCAGCCUGGCUGCCCAGUCCAAUCAGGCUGGCCGGGAGGUGAAGGCUGGAGGAGGUUGACCCCUGCUGACCCCAAGUCUAGGAGAGCAGUCAACGUGGGGUGGGGAGCAGGUUCCCCAGUGCUCCCUGGCUUUCCACCGGCUACACCCUGCCUUCCGGCCCCGGGAUGGGAGCCUGAGCCAGCCCCCCAGCAGAGCUUGUGGGGGGCGCAGGUUUCCCUGGAACAGGUGGGUCAUCUCUACGAAGAAGCCCCUGCCACCCGUGGCCCCGGCCUCUGCCUCCUCCUCCUUCCUGGAGGCUUCUCCUCCCCGCCUCCUCUCCUUGGACUGCGCCUCGAGCCCAGCCUGGGGCCCAGGGACAGCAGAGGCCCCCCAAGGGGCUGAUGUCAGGAGGCUCAGAGAGGACCCGGGGAAAAUCGCGGUCUCAGGGAGCCAGGCGGCCCUCACCAGGCAAGCAGCUGCUCCCUGACAGCCCUCCGAGAGUCACACCUGUGCCGAAAAGGGCCUCGUUUCCUUCGAGGGGGGAGGUGUGUGCGUGUGUGUGUGCAUCUGCAGAGAACAGAACGGAGCCCCGGAGGAAGGGAGAGGCCUGGGAAUGGGGGUGCGGGUCGAGGGGGCAGGAGAGUGGGGUCUCCCACCUCCACCCCGGCUCAGAGAGCAAUCACACCAGGGGCCCCAGGCGCCGUGCGUGGGGGGGCCAGUGUCCCCCGGAACACUGCCGGGAUAGGCGGCAGCAUCACGGCUCCGUGGCCACGCGCCCCUUCCUCCUGCGGGCCCUCCACGGUGGUCUGGCCUCAGGGCCGAGCCCUCCUCGCCUGUUCGGGCCAGAGUGUGAAGAAGUGAGAUAUAAAUAUGUAUACAUAUAUAAAUAUAUUUUUAAUUACGUGUCGUGUCGCCGUGGCUCCAGACAUAUGGUUUGCCUGGUUUAUUCCAUUGCUUGAAAGCACUUCCUGGCCAAUCUGAAAAACAAUUUAAGCUGUUUUUCUAAAUGCAGGUUGCUGCUACUUUUUCAGACAUGGAAGGAAAACGUUUAAAAAGGAAUUGUUUUUUUAAGGAAAUAACAGUAAAGCCUAAAAUCUGAGACUCUGAGGCAGCUUCCCACAGGAGAUGACUCGCCAGGACCUGGGGGGCAGAGGUGGGCGCCCACAGGCCCCCCUCCCCGGGCCAGCCCCCCUCUGCUGAGUGAGGAAGGCCAUAUCCAAGUUGACCUCUGAAUGUAUCUGAUGGGGGCAAAACUGGAUGUUGCAUUUCGAAGGCUUGCGUUGUUUUCUCUACGGCCCGAGGCUUUCCGGGCACUGAAGAGGCCAAGUCCGGCCGUCCGGUGUCGGUUCCGUGUGGGUCUCUCCCCUGCCGGUCACGACAAGGCAGUCAUUGCUUUCCUCCCAGCAGCCGGCCUGCUCGCCACAGUCCUGCCCACCCCCCCCCCAGGCCUCGUGGCUGGGCUUAGGCUCUGGGACCGCAGCCCCAAGGAGGCCCCUCCCCUCCCCUGGACCAGGCGGGAGUCCCACCACCCUCCGUGAGGAGUGCGCACCUCCAAACCCGGUUUCAUCUGUCCGUCCUUCCUUAACCAGCCUGUAAACCUCUAAGGUUUGGGGAUCGUCCUGUCCAUCCAUGUAAAUGUAAAUGUUGGCCGAAUUAGUAUUUAUUCUAAUUUGUAUUUUAUUUUAUUUUGUUCGGGGGAUGGGGAGGGGGUGUGGGAAAUGUACCGUUGACGACGCCCCGGGCAGCUGCCGGGGCGGGGGCCCAGACAGCCGGGCCGCCACGAGGAGCAGCCCCACGGGGCCGCCCCAGACGCCAAGCCCCAGUCUUAUCUGGCAUCAGCCGCCAGCCAGCGUUCCUCAUGUGACAGACUCCCGGGCCUGCUCGUGGAGUCCUGCCUCUCAGCUGCUGGGCGCUGUGCUGGGAAACCUCCGGCUGGGCCUGUGAGGACGCAGAUCCGAGAGAAGACAGCUUUCCUCUCUCCUCUACCGGGCACACUUGCACAGAAGGGCUGCUGCCCUGCCUGAGCCAGCUGGGAGCCUGGCGGUGGGACCUACCUCCCUGGAGCAGGGGCCCGGGGCUUCCCGCCAAAGCUGCAGCAGAAUCCCACUCACGCACCCACCUCCCCUCUCUCCGUAUGUCCUGCUUUCCAGCGGAACCCAAACUACAAGUGGGUUUAAAAAAUAAACAACACCAAAAAACAAAAAA